UGUGCAUCAUCAUGGCAUCAUGCAUGUCAUAUCCAUGUUUAAACAAAAUAAAAUUAUUUAAAUCAAAUCUAUUUUAGUUCUCUCUUGUAUGGUUCUAUAAAACCACCUUUCUCGUUUUUCUUAUUUUAAUUAAACCAAAACCAAAUAUUUACAGACUUCUCAAAAUUAUUCCAAAACCAAAAUAUUGUGUUUCAAAUCUUUUAAAACCUUCCCUCAUCUUGUUCUUUGCCCUGAUGUUUCGGCAAGAAAAAGAAAAGAAGAAACACCAUAGAAGAAGAAAUGAAGAGAAGAGCAGCCUAAUCCUGGCUAUACGAAUCAUCAGUCUGAUCUUUUAUAUCUUCGUGUCAUGUUCCUUCUUUGAGCCCACUUCGUUGCAUUCAGGGUGCAGCCCACCUCUUUUCUUUUCUCACCACCAAAAACCAGCAGCCCAUAUUCAUUCUUCUCUCCAUCGGAUCCCAGGCCCAAGCUGCCACCGAAGACACCAUAUCCUGUUUCACCUUCGUCGUCUCGUACGGCAGCACAUCCCUUCGCUCGCAAGUCGCUGUCUACUGAUGGGACGGCUCCCAUGCACCGCUCCUCCAUAUAAAAUCCAUCAGCCACCACUUCCCGAACCCUAGUUUCACUUCUUCCGCACAGCGCCGCCACCCCUCUUUUAUUCUCGUCGCUGCUCUCUUCUUCCUGCAUCCCAAGAGAAAAACAGCAGCCGCGUGUUUUCCGUCGUCGACGGUCGACCACGCCCAUCGCUCCGUCUUCUGCUUCCGGGAAAGGCCGACGUCUUCCAGUUCAUCGUCGUCCACGACCUCGCCUUUUUACAGCACACGCCGGAGCUGUUCUUCGCCUCCGCGCUCGCUCUCGUCGUCGUCCGUCGCCAAGACCGCCAACACCCGGACGUCCGCGGUGAACCGCAGCUCUGCCCCGCCGGAACCGCUCCAUCUUCCACGUCGUCGUCGCAGCGAGUUGCGUGUCGCUCGUCCUCGUCCGCAAGCGCAUGCAGCAGCCCCGCCGGCCGUCGUUCCGGCUCCCGUCGAGUACGGCGGCCGUCACCUUCCAGCUCGUCUUCGUCCGCGCCAUCGCCGGACGUCGCCUCGUCGCUGCACCGUCCACCUCCGGCCACGCAGCCAUAUCCGCCUCCAGCCUGGAAGCUCGUCCCCGAGCCGUGCCUUGCUCCGGUACGUGCUGCUCCGUGAGGCCUCGUCACGUCAUGGCCGUCAUCGACCAUCUGCUUCCGCCCGUCUCCAUCAAAGCUGCACCGAAGUCUGCUAGCGCCGUGGUCGCACUCCGUCAGAAGCUCGCUCCGUUCCCCGGCCACGAUGUGGUUCAGUCCCGACCGCAUCCUUGCAGCAAGUAUUCAUCAUUUCCCUGUACAGUACAUCAACAUCUGCUCCGUAGACUAGCUGGUUCGUUCCUGCAAUGCAUCUGUGCAAUCCAGUGUUCAAUCCCCAAGCCAUGCAAAGCCACCUCUUUUUCUUAUUUAAUUCUUUGCUCGCUGACAGCUGGGCCCUCCUCGUCUUUGGCUCGAGCUGGCUCUUCGGUGACAGAAAUCGUGCACCAGCACCGCCUCGUCAGCUUCCCAGUCAGCGCCCCCUGGUCCCACCGUCAGCCGAUGUGGCUAGCUCUCCUUCUGCAUUUGCUUCUUCCCGGAUAGGAUCCCGAAGUGUUGAUGUGAGAUACGACGAGUUCUCCGACAAGUUCUUCUGCUGCUUUUCACAGGCGAGCCCACCCCUUCACCUAUUUUACUUUUACAUGCUCUUUUGAUCUAUUGCUAUCCUUAUGUUGCGAUUCUGUUGUGUCACGUGUCCUAUCCACCUGUUACCUAUAUGUCCGAGAUACACCUCCUCGCCCUACCUAUUGUUUGUUGUUUGCCAGCCUUGCGAGUCGUAGGCGUGUUUAGGCUUUGUUGUUUAUCUCGAUCUGUUAUCGGGAUAUGUUGGGUUGUUGGGAGGUUUUUACAUGCUAUAUCAUUUGUUGGAGAUAAUCACACUUUACUUUAUUGUUAACAACUAAAAUUGUAAGCAGAGGCAUCUGUGAGCCCCUUUGCGAAAGCAUCGGAACUUUGACUCGCUAAUGUCCCCUAGGACCCGAGUUCUUGUUAUCUGUUCCGAGAUUGAGCGCUCUACCCGUACGUGGGGGAGUGGGACCCCCAUCACCCACUACCUUUCCUCGAGUCUGUUUAUUGGGAGCCACAACCUUGGUUUUAUUUGCUCAUAUGCACGAUGCACGAUUUACUUCCUGUUGCCUUCGGGUGUUUAUAUUAUGUACUGUACUCAUAUCGUGGAACGAUUAGCGAAAGCAGGUUGUUCACACUUAGCUUAGCCGUUGGCACAAACCUCUGGGUCCGUAUCGGAGUACGGCCGAACUUCGUCACGGGUAGCUUAGUGGGGUGGCUCCCCUUAAACUUUCUCUUGCAUUGGGAACGGUCUUGAUGUGAGACUCCACCAGUAGUAAGUGGGUUCGAGCAUGCGUAUGGUUACAUUUGGGCAACCCCUGCAGGGUGUACAUCUUAUCGAUAAGCCGUGUCCGCGGUUAUGGACGACUUGGAAUUGUAUAGCUUGAUCAUAGAACAACUUACACCUUAUAUCCUGUUGCUAAUAAUUUGCUAAUAAAACUUUUUCAAAAAAAUGUGUGUGUGCCUUUGACAGUACCUCUUUGCGAAGGGGGAUCGCAUCGGCUGUGUUAUGUUUGCAGAGUAUAGAACUGUUACCUUGUGCGCUCUCUUAUCUUCUCUGAGUAGACGGAUGUUGUAGCGAGUCUCUAUUGGAUAGUAGCUUUGCUGCCGCUAAACUCCACAUAUAGCCGGGUGAAGUUUAUACCGCCCACCAGCGAGCAUAGCUGGUCUUGUCUCGCAAGUACGUGCCAAUGGUACUUACCCUCGCCUUCCUUUCUUUUUGUCUCCUCCCCUUCACGUCGACAACCGAUGGCCCGAUUUUGACAGGUACGAGAUGAUGACGUUAGCAAGGUUACCCUUCCGGCUUGGCCUGGGCAGGGUUAUGGACGCCACUGGUUAUCUUCAGGACUCUUAGUCCAAUUUGUAUCUUGUCCGUACUCGGGCGUAUUUGAUCUUCUGUAUGAUUCGGAUCUUUGUAUUGUGUAUUUGUAUCUUGACUCGUUGGAGUCGUUGUUGUAUAUAUGUUUCUUGUGGGCUCUAUUGUAA